CCAGACCCGCAGCCACCGCCCCAAGUAGAUGCGAGGUAGAUGUGUACCCAUUCUAACCAGAAACAGGCAGCACCCACAACCCAGGCCGCGUCCACGUCGGGGACAUGACCAGUCACACAAGAGCACGGGUCAGGAGCGCUCACCAGGGGAUCCCGCAUCUUUGGAGUUGGGUGAUCUGUUCGGGUUGUAAAGUGUGCUCAGAGUUCUGUAGGGGCUUGAGGAUCAUCUGCUCUUUGGUGCAGACAAAAAACCAGGUAGCAAUUAGACAGGAAAAGAAUGGCACUGAAACAGGUUUCCAGCAACAAGUGCUUUGGGGGAUUGCAGAAAGUUUUUGAACAUGACAGUGUGGAACUGAACUGCAAAAUGAAAUUUGCUGUCUACUUACCACCACAGGCGGAAACUGGAAAGUGCCCUGCCGUAUAUUGGCUGUCUGGUUUGACUUGCACAGAACAAAAUUUCAUAUCGAAAUCUGGUUAUCAUCAAGCUGCAUCAGAACAUGGCCUUGUCGUCAUUGCUCCAGAUACCAGCCCUCGUGGCUGCAGUAUUAAAGGAGAAGAUGAGAGCUGGGACUUUGGCACCGGUGCUGGUUUUUAUGUGGAUGCCACUGAAGAACCUUGGAAAACUAACUACAGAAUGUACUCUUAUGUAACAGAGGAGCUUCCCCAACUCAUAAAUGCUAAUUUUCCAGUGGACCCUCAAAGGAUGUCUAUUUUUGGCCACUCCAUGGGAGGCCAUGGAGCUCUGAUUUGUGCUUUGAAAAAUCCUGGAAAAUACAAAUCUGUGUCAGCAUUCGCUCCAAUUUGUAACCCAGUGCUUUGUCCUUGGGGCAAAAAAGCCUUUAGUGGAUAUUUGGGAACAGAUCAAAGUAAAUGGAAGCCUUAUGAUGCCACCCAUCUUGUGAAGUCCUAUCCAGGUUCUCAACUAGAUAUUCUGAUUGAUCAAGGAAAAGAUGACCAGUUUCUUUCAGAUGGACAGUUACUCCCUGAUAACUUCAUAGCUGCUUGUACAGAAAAGAAAAUCCCCGUCGUUUUUAGAUUACAAGAGGGUUAUGAUCAUAGCUACUACUUCAUUUCAACGUUUAUUGCUGAUCACAUCAGACAUCAUGCAAAAUACCUGAAUGCAUGAAAAACUUCAGAUAAAAGAAUCUCUUCAAUAAACAGAAUUGCUUAGGAAAAAAAUAAUUCAAACCAUUGGAUUUCAUAAUGCUAAAAGGGCUUUAUUCUAUUGUUGAAUAACCUUCUGAAUAAAUAUAUAAAACCUA